UCUGAACAACCUGUUGACUGCAAAGAGCAACGAGAGAGAAACAGCUGACUGAAGCCAUGAUCUCCACAUUACAGAAAACCAUUCGACCAGUAUGGGCUGUCAGGGGGCUGCAUAAGUCUGCAGUAGAAGCCUUGAAGCGCCCGGACCCUGAAGACACAGUCACAGCCAGCUAUGGGAGGUUCAUCAGUGAAGUCAAGCCUCAGCACUUGUCAUCACUGGUGCUUCACCGCAGCAAAAGAAUGGUGCUGGACAGCAUCGGAGUUGGUCUCAUUGGCAGCACUACAGACGUGUUUGAAUUGGCCCUGCAGCACUGCCAGCACAUGUAUGCUCCUGAUGACAUCAGCUCUGUUUACGGACGCAGAGGCAGCAGGCUCUCUCCCACACUGGCUGCUUUCGUCAAUGGAGUGGCUACUCACUCCAUGGACUUUGAUGAUACAUGGCACCCUGCCACUCACCCCUCAGGAGCGGUCCUCCCUGCUGUGUUAGCACUCAGUGACAUGAUGCCUAACAGCAAACCCAGUGGCCCUGACUUCCUGCUGGCAUUCAACGUCGGCAUUGAGAUCCAAGGCAGAUUGAUGAGGUUCUCUCAUGAGGCCCACAACAUCCCUAAGAGGUUUCACCCUCCAAGCGUUGUGGGGACCAUGGGGAGUGCAGCCGCCUGUGCUCGCCUCUUGUCUCUAGAUCACUCCCAGUGCAGUCAUGCCUUGGCUAUAGCUGCUUCUCUCUCUGGAGCCCCAAUGGCUAAUGCUGCCACUCAGUCCAAACCCCUUCACAUCGGUAAUGCCUCACGUUUGGGGCUGGAGGCUGCUUUGCUGGCCUCCCGGGGCCUUGAGGCAAGUCCUCUGGUCCUCGAUGCUGUUGCUGGUGUGGCCGGCUUCGAUGCCUUUUAUGAAGACUAUGUGCCCGAGCCUUUAGAAUCCCCCAAUGACGGCCAUGUGUUCCUGCUAGAGGAGCAGGACAUGGGCUUCAAGCGCUUCCCAGCCCAUCUGGGGAUGCACUGGGUAGCAGAUGCUGCUGCCUCAGUCCAUAAGCUCCUUGUGGGGUUGGGCCCUGGCACUGUCUCCCCAUCUCAAGUCCAAGACAUCCUGCUCAGAGUCCCCAAAUCAAAGUACAUCAACAGGCCAUUCCCCGAAUCUGAGCAUGAGGCACGCCACUCCUUCCAAUUCAACGCUUGCAGCGCUCUCCUGGAUGGCGAAGUGACCGUGCAGUCCUUCACUCCGGCUGCUCUGAUGCGCCCAGACCUCCUCGCUCUGCUGAGUCGUGUUCGCGUGGAGCAUCCCCAUGACAACCCUGCUAAUUUUAACAGCAUGUAUGGGGAGGUCCAGGUUACACUUGUUGAGGGAGAAAUUCUGAAGGGACGCUGUGACACGUUCUACGGUCACUGGCGUAACCCGUUGACCAAUGAGAGCCUGAGGAAGAAGUUCAGAAACAACGCGGGGGCGGUGCUUCGCUCAGAGCAGGUGGAGGGGCUGAUUGAUGUGGUGGGGGGGCUGGACACACUUGGAGACUGCAGGGACCUUCUCUCACAGCUGCAAUGAGACAAAGAAAUGACAUUGAAAUAGAAAUUAUUGUGUGCAAAAAUAUAUAAAAUACAUUUAGCAAAGAUCUUUUUUGUAAAAUGUAUUUGACACAUUUGCCCAAAUCCAGGCUGGAAAAUGUAACUUGUUUCCCUUAUGUAAUUGGUGAUGGUGAAAAGGCCACUAUGUUGUACACUAUGAUUCUUUAACACCCGUAAUGACAAAUACUGAAAUAUCUCUUGAGCCAUGUCAAAACAUAUUUAUGAAAUGUACAAUUAUGUAUGCUGAAUUAUGUGAUUGUAUAGUCAUAUAGGACACUUUUAACUUGUAAAAUAUGAUCUAGUAACAUAACAAAGACGAAAUGAAGAAAAAUGUAUGAAUUUAUAUAUUACGUUUUUAUUAGUAUACUUUCAGAUAUUAAUGUUGUCAAAAUACUGCACUUUAUGUUUUUUGUGCCCAAUAAUGUAAGAUGUUUAUUUCUCCACAUUGCAAUGUUUAAUGCUUUAAACAUGUAAAUACAACACUGUUUUCUCUUCCACAUUUCAGAAUUUCAAACAUGUAGCAUUUCUGUUUGUGUUAUGAGCUUCAAUAAACUUACAAAAAAAAACACAGUCUAAGAAAUUAAAUAUUUGACAGAAGAAAAUUAUAAUGUGUUUUGUUUGGCCAUGGAAGCUACUAAUCUGUCUUUUGUGAGUCCUUAACACACAAUGAAAAUGAAAGCAAAAGAGUAGGUU